GUCCCUUCGAUUCCCCGGGACGACUAAGCGCCCGGCUUGUGACAUCACACAGCCGCCAGCGCUGGGUGCCCACCGGCCCAGCGCAGGAGCGAAACGUACCAGGCAGCCACCAUGGAAUGGCAACAUGCAGCCUGCCAGCGUGGAUGACACACACCCGGCCCCCCUGGCUCACCCCACCUCUAGCACGAUGGAAGAUGUCAUAGUGCUUGGAAAAAGAGGCUAUAUUGUGGGCGUCACUCUGGGGGAAGGCUCCUAUGGCAAAGUGAAAGCAGCCUACUCUGACAGGCUGGAAAGCAACGUGGCAAUAAAGAUUAUCGACAAGACGAAAACUCCUCAGGACUUCCUGGAAAAAUUUCUCCCAAGGGAAAUAGCUGCUUUGAAACGUAUGAACCACCCCUCAAUUGUCAAAACCUACGAGAUAUUUGAAACAUUCGCAGGCAAAGUGUACAUCAUAAUGGAGCUGGGGGAAAAGGGAGACCUUCUGGACUACAUCAAGAUUACUGGAGCAAUGAAAGAGGACGUCGCUCAGAGAAAGUUUCAGCAGUUGGCUUCUGCUAUCAGGUAUUGCCAUGACAUGGAUCUUGCUCACAGGGACCUGAAAUGUGAAAACAUCCUUCUCGAUAAAGACCUCAACAUCAAGCUGUCGGACUUUGGCUUUUCCAAACCCUUAACUCGGGAUGAAAACGGGAAAAUUAUUCUCAGUAAAACCUUCUGUGGGUCUGCUGCAUAUGCAGCCCCCGAAGUGCUACAGGGCAUUCCUUGUAACCCCAAGAUUUGCGACAUAUGGAGCUUGGGGGUCAUCCUAUAUAUAAUGGUCUGUGCAUUAAUGCCAUUUGAUGAUUCUAACAUCAGAAAAAUGGUCUGGAUUCAGAAACAGCACAGGAUUCACUUUCCCAAGUCCAGACACCUGUCUCUAAAAUGCAAGGAUCUCAUUUACCGCAUGCUCCACCCAGAUGUGUCUCGGAGGUUGUGCAUAGAUGAAGUUUUAAGCCACCCAUGGUUGCAGGGCCUAGAACCCAUGCUCCCUUCAACAGCACCAGUUGCAGAAGUGGGCGAGUGUUCCCAGAACCUGCACGAGGAAAAGCCUGAGCACAAAGAGCAAACAGAACCCCAGCCUGCAGAAAGGGAAGGAAAGGAGAGGGAAAAGGGAGCCUCUUAAAUAUGGCUGGUUUUAACAGUAUCACGACAAUUGAUUUAACUUGUGAACUGCUAGCUUUCAACUUCUGAUUCUCUGAACCCAUUCAGAAAUAGUCCUUGUCUUUUGCUUUACAA